AUGCAAAACCCCACAACACAAAAUGGUAUAAGUGAAGAAAGAGCUUUAAAUUCUAACAGUUUACCGAUAAAAUCUAACAGCAUGGUUCAAAAUGUUGGUAUUGACAAUAAAACUAUUGAAGAUUUCUUCAAAUUAAGUCUUUCAUAUGUAGCAGACGACAAUAAGAAUUGUUUUCUUCAUAUUAUGAUGGCAUUGACUAAACAAAAGCUUUAUUUAGAAAAGCAGCUAUCUCAAAUGAGCAACCAAUUAUCAAGGUUAGAGGAAAAUCAAAAUGAAUUGGUAGAAAUAAAUAGAAAACUAGCUUUAGAAAUUGAUCAAUUGAAAUCUAGGCACACCUCAUUUUAA